AUGUCGGACAAGCAGACUCUCCAUGCAGUGAAUUCCAAGGAGUUCGCGGUUGUGGUCGGGGAAUCAGAGGAUGGGAACGCCAAAGUUUACCAUUGUUACAACGGCUGCGAGAUUGAAUACGAUUUCUUGAAUCCGCAAGUGGGUGAUUGGUACUAUAUUGAGGAUGGAGACUUUUAUGAAUGUGUUAAUCCGCUUCACACCUCAGUUUAUAAGGUGAAGGAUGAGGAGGUUGUUGUUGUAAGUUCACUUUUAUUUUUGCUUGAUUUUUAGACGGCAGUGGAAGAUUCUUAUGGUUUUUGGGCUGAAGCAGGGGAAGGGCAUCUUAUUUAUUUUAAUUCUUGCCGCCUCUAUUUUUGAUAUGACUUUUAUUGUUGGAUUUCAUUGACCGGGACAUUAUUUUAGAUGCCUUGGUUUAGAAGUCCGGAUUUUUUAGUUUUUUUAAUGUCCCCUGCACUAUUCAUGGCAGCCUAGACGAAUUGAAACGCAAAAUAAGGCUGAGAUUGUAAUUCGCUAUUAUUUCCGGCAGAAUUUGCUUUGUUUUAGGCCACCUGAUUUUAGAGUUCAGAAAUAAUUCAGGAUCUGCGCAGAAAUAAUUCUUUUCUCUUUCAGAUUGAGACCCCAGCUAUUUUCCUUGGAGAAACUCGAUUGUGCAAUGAGUUUGCGGACGCUGACAUCAAGAAUUUUAUGUAUUCACCAUUCAUCGGCAAGAUUGCGAUUGGUUCUGGAGUGGAAGAUCUAAGGAUGGGAAAACUUUAUAAUGUGGCCGCCGUUUGGUAAGUUGCGUCUUUAUGCGUUCUCUUAUUAUUUAGGAUUGCGGGGACGAAUCGUUUGUUACGUUUUCUUCGGGACAGGCAACAUUGCCAUUUUAUGGUAAAUAAAGAUGGCAUUCAGCGGAUAAUGGUACUUUUUGCUACGUAAAAAGCUCAGAAAUUUGUGAUUGAGGUGACAAUAAGUAUUUUAGAGUCCGGCCGAUCAUUUUUACUUGAGUAUAACGAACUACAUUGAAGCUAAAAUCCAAUCCUUUCAAGGAUCUAUUGCACUGUGCACUUCUCCAUUGUUGAACCGGCCGGUGAUGGUUUAUCUCACAACCGAGCGACCGUUUAGGGGCGAUAGGAUCAAAGUCUUGCUAAUGUAAGUUGAAUAGCAGUUAAGAAAGUGGAAUUUUUAUAUUAAUUUAGGCUGAGCAUAGACCAAUAUCUAAAGUUAUUUAAUUCGAUGACGAUUUUUUUCUCACUACUUUAAAUGGUGUUACUAAGCAAGAAAAACUCCUAUUCUUCAUUCUUUUUUUUUUAUCGAGGAUCACUUUUCAAUAGUAUUUUUUGCUUCCAGAUUGAUCCGAAUUCAUCCUCAUUACCCAGUAUACGUCGGAAAAGAGGCCAAAAACUUCAAGGAGGAAGUGUCAACGUUUCUCAUGCCUGACCCGCCACCUGAACUCGUCGUGACACCACAUGAAUACCGUAAAAUUUGCUCAGCCGAGGACGACGGUUCUGUGUCCGAGCUCCUCGACGAUGAAAUGUCAACGUUCUCGAUGGAUUAUUUCAAAAUUCUAAAGCCGGGGGAACCUCUGUAG